AUGGAUCAGAGCUUCUCCGGAGCAAUCAGGUGGGCUGGUGAUGCCAGCAAGUGCCUGGACGUUCAGGGCGGCAGCCCCCUGGUGGGCGCCCACGUGGGGCUUUGGGCCUGCCGCGCGGACCAUCCGAACCAGCAGUUUGCUUGGAGUGAGGAGGAUGGCAGGAUACGAUGGCUCACCUAUCCCUCGCUCUGUCUCACGGCGGCUGCUCCAGGCUCCCCGAUUCAACUUGAUUUGUGCAAUUCUCCGACAGCGGCCUUCGACGCAGCGGCCCACGGCACGAAGGCCAUCUGUACAUCUGAAGGGGUCUGCAUGACCGUCCAGGACACGGAGGCCCAUCCUGUGCGCGAUGGUAGCCCAGUGAUGCUGGGGGAGAUGGCGGCCAAAGAUUUGCUGCACCCUUCAGCUGCAUGGUUGUUCCACACCGGUGUUUCCUGCAGCGGCGAGACGUUCUGCUCCCCGCUAGCCAAUUGCUACGAGGACUGCCGCACCAGUGGCGAGUACAACAAGGCCUGCUGGCAGAGCUCUUGCUGUCCCAGUGGGACAGAUGCCGAGUACAACAGAUCCGACUUCAACUACUAUGCGUGCACUUUCACCGGGAACACGUGUAUGGAGAGAUGCAAUGGGUGGUUCCAAUCGCGGCGAUGUCAUGGUAGUGAAGCCUUCUGCCCGCUGCUGGCGAACUGCUACGAGGCUUGUCGGCUCUCCCACAAAGUGGGGAGUUGCCAACACUUCGAGGAUUGCCCUGGGAACACUGCCUCCUUCAACGACUCCUCUGCCUCGUUCUACUUGCUGGCGCUCUCGCCGAAUCGAUGCCUGUCAAGCUGCAACUUGGAGCACGCACCCUACCAGUAUUGCAGCGGCCGCUCCUUUUGCCCACAGCUCGCCAGCUGCUAUCAGGACUGCUUCGAAAGGGGCCGUGCGCCACCGCGCUGUCCUGGUGAUUGCUGUCCAGAGCUGCAAACAGAAGGGCUUCGGGGAGCGUCACCUCCCGGCUACGACGACUCUGGUGGUGGCUACUAUCGCUGCGAGAUCGGCAACUCUUGUCUGGAGACUUGCAAUGGACGCUUUGCUGCCGAGGAGCCAGGCACGCUCGAAAGCCGCCAUGUGCCGAGAGUCGAGGCCGCCGCGCCCGUGAGUGUACCACCUCCGGCAGAGUCCCCCCUGCGGUCGCCGCUGGCCUCUGGCAUCCUCCUCUUGUCUCUCUUGCUGGUGGUCCUGGCUUUGGGGAUCGCGCUUUUGAACCAGAGGAAGCAGAUGCCCUUUUGGACCGGACCUGUCGGAAGGUUCCUGCAGCGACAGCGACUCGACUGUCUGCCCACAUCGGAAGCGAGCGCCGGCGCGGGCGGUCAGGAGGAGGAAGCGGAAGUCAUCCUCUACCGCUCUCAGGAGGAGUCCAGCCCGGCGGCCGCGAGCUCCGGCGCUUGA